GUGUGACGGGGCGUUUGCGUGUGACGUUACGACGUGCGCCCCGAGCGACGCCGCGUGUGGACCGGGACCGACCGCGUGAGAGAUUUGAUGGUGAUGAAGAAUGGCAGAACAAGGGAUUGACGCAGAUAUCCAGCUAUCUCCACAGCCAGACACGGUUGAGAAGGGAAUUAUCUUAGAAAGCAGUUUGCUGAUGGAAGGCAAUAAUAAUGUGGCUGCCGAACAGGAAGACCUGCCAGCAGCCGAAUCGUGCACUCAGGCACACAAAGGUGAAUUAGCCUCUGUUGCUAAUUUGACAAAACAGCAAGAUUCUCAAGUUCAGCAUCAGCUAGGUGUUCAUUCUCCACGGUGCACUUCAAGUGAAAUUAAUGGCAACAUGUCUUGCACACAAUCCGAAACUGUUGAAGAGAAUAGGAAUGACUUUGCUAAAUCAGACAAGAUCAGCGUUUCGGGGAAUUGUGCUGAUACGGGUGUCAAUGCACCUUUGCCGAGCCAGGUGCCUGAGCAUGAGGAGAUGGAGGUUACCGUAUCUGCCCAACUGGAGACGUUAUCGUUUGAAAACUCACUGCUGACAUGCCAUAACCGCGCUAAUACAGAGGGGCAACAGUCCGAGCAGGACACGGACGUUUCACACGUUUUCGUUACUGUGCAAGCUGGUGUGGUUGAGGCGGAAGAAAAUGAAGUAAAGGAAAGUGAAGAUAGCUCUUCGUCUGAAGACUCUUCAUCAGAUAGUGAUUCGGACUCCACAUCUUCUUCCUCUUCUUUUGAGCCACCAGAGGUGCUAAUGUCAGAGGGUGAAGAUGAUCAAGAAACGGGAGAUAAAAGAAAACCCCAACAUCUAAAAACAAAAGAUGAGCUCUUGCUAGAGGACCUGCCGGCAGUUGACGAACUAAAUCUUGUUCUUCCUGAAGACACUCAAUUGGAACCUGUGGGAAUCGUCUCCAGCAUUAUUGACCAACUUGUUAUCGUUGAAUCGUUGAAGGACCAGCCGCCACUUAAUGAGGAAACUGUCCUUUUCAAAAAGGAUUGCAACUCGGUUGGAAAGGUGUUUGAAGUGUUCGGCCAAGUUUCUCAUCCAUUCUACGUUCUGCGCUUCAAUUCUGCUGAAAACAUCACGGUGAAGGGAAUCAAGGUACACGAGACAUUGUACUUUGCGCCCACAGUGAAGGAUUUCACUCAGUACAUCUUCACAGAACAACUCAAGAGGGAGAAAGGAUCAGAUGCGUCGUGGAGAAAUGACCAGGAGCCACCACUUGAGGCUCUGGAUUUCAGUGAUGACGAAAUUGAGAAAUUAACAAAGAAGAAGAAGAAGACACACAAUCACGGAGAAAAAGCUACCAGGCUCGGAGGAAGUGAAGAAGGACAGCCUUGUCAGCAAAAUCCAGUUUCUUCAAUGCACAGGAGAGGCUUUCAACGCAGAGGAUUUGGCCCUCGUCCGUCAAGUCAUCAAAGGGAAGCCUACGGACCACCACUAUUUAACCAAAGGCCCCCAUCAAGACCACCAGUUAAUAUGAUGCAUUCUCAACCAAUGAUAUCAAAUCCAAUGAUGUCAUGUCCUUAUCCUCCACCAUUUUGGCCCAUGAACGUACGUGAUAUGUCUCCUUUCUCCACUCCCCCACCUCCGCCCCCACCUCCAAUGUACAGUAACUGGUCAGAACCUAACAUGGGGUACCCGCCUUGCUUUCCAAAUUCUCACACAUCUCGAUUUCCAGGUGGUCCCUCUUCGCACAUGCCAAGUCCUCCGUUCCCACCACCACCGUUGCCUCCACAAGGUUCUGCCUACAGACCACGCUAUUAGAGAACCAUUCAUGUGUAAUUGUAAAACUGUCUGAAGUGCCUCAAUUGCAUGGAAACAAUCAAGUAAUAUUUCCCCUGAGGCAACAAUUAGAUCCAAAUGUCUUCCAAAUACCAGACUGUAUUUAGAAAUAACACACAUUUUACGGUGUUUGGAUCUAUAAGGAGAGAGUACUGCUAAUAUAAAAAUAUAACUUUGGAGAUGAUUAUGAUCGGAAGCAGCUCAGAGAUGCUCAUCCCUCCGUGCUGCCAGUAGUCAUUUUACAUAACAAAAUAUUACUAUUGUCAUUCGUGUUUUUUUGAUUAUGUAAAUAGUCAUUAGGAAUAGUCUGUUGCAUGACUGUUUCUCGCACACGUUCGUAUUUGCUGAUUGACAGCACAUCACUUGGGUAGCGAAGGUCAGACAGGUGCUUGUUAGGCCAUGAUUGAAUCACGUCCUUGGAACGUAUUAUUGGCUUAUUAAUUCAUAGCAGCUUUAUUGCUUUCACUUACACUUGCCAUCACUGAAAUUUAAAUUAGAAAGUAAUAUGUGUAAAGAAACAUAGUUGGUAUCAAUGUGUUUGUGUUUAUAAAAUUAAGUAAAAGUCUUAAACUGUCCUAUCCAUGGUGUAGAUGAGUCCUGGCUGGCAACCCCCCUACAUACACACACACACUUCCUUUCGCUCGCUCCCCCCACCCCACCUGCCCCCACCAAAAAAANUUGUCAGUAUUUGUUUGUUUGUGAUAGGAAACUCUACGGCUUAAAGAAUCCUAAUGCCUUUUCUUGACCUAAAGUAACAAUGAGUGAGAAAAAUAGGCUGAACAAUUUAUUUUUGCUAAAUUUUAAAAACCUGCUGAAUUUUGUUUUUGUCAGAAAUGCAUAACAUGGUCCUUUGACGUUUGAUGCAUAAUAAACUCCGAACUCCAUUUACAACUUUAA